ACCCGGGAGCCGAGAGGACUACAACGACCGGCGUCCUUCAGGUUGAGGCGGGUUUGCCCGUCCUUUGCCCGACUUAUACCGUGUACGGGAUGGAGAGGAAGGCCGAUUCCCGGCAGAUAGCGGAUAAACGAGAGGCGCAGAAAUAUUUGGAGGGAGGUGGGACGGUCUUGGAUCCCCCCUUUUCUUCACAUGCAACAGGAUUUCGGGACUGGGCACAAUUUCUCGAGGCAAUGAUGGCUGUGCGAAAUGUGCUGGUGACUGGCUGCUCCUCUGGCAUUGGGCUGGCCCUGGCCGUGCGCCUGGCAAGAGAUGAACUGAAGCGAUUUCGAGUUUUUGCCACCAUGAGAAAUUUGGAGAAAAGUGAAGCCCUGAAGAAGCAAGCGGGGCCUGCCCUGGAUAAGAUGCUUGAAAUCAAAGAACUGGAUGUGACCAGUGAGGACUCUAUCAGGCGCUGCGUGAACAGCAUCCCCCAACGCAGGGUGGAUGUGCUGGUGAACAAUGCAGGAUUUGGCCUGAUUGGUCCAGUGGAAAGCCAGAGCAUGGCCUCAAUCCAACACCUCUUCGACACCAACUUCUUUGGCUUGGUGCGCCUUGUCCAGGAAAUUUUCCCUGAUAUGAAGCAGCGAAAGAGAGGGCAUAUUGUUGUGAUGAGCAGCGUCCUAGGUUUGCAAGGUCUCCUCUUCAAUGAUAUCUACUCUGCCUCCAAAUUUGCUGUGGAGGGUUUCUGCGAGAGCUUAGCCCUGCAGGCCCUAAAAUUUGGGAUCAGAAUUAGUUUAAUUGAGCCAGGACCAGUGUUAUCAGAGUUUGAAAAGAAGCUUUAUGAAGAAGCAGCAAGCAAGGAUCUCUCGGGUGUGGAUAAAGAGACACUUGAUAUAUUCCACAAUUUCUAUCUAACCUACUCCAAGGAGGUCUUCACUGCACUGGGGCAGUCUCCAGAAGAGGUGGCUGAGCAUGUGCUGAAAGUGAUCACCUCCGAGAACCCUCCAUUGCGAUAUCAAACCAACAGUUUCUACACACCCAUCACCACUCUCAAACAUGCGGACCCCAGUGGAAACCUGCCUCUCAAUACUUUUCAUCAGAUGAUCUUCCAACAUGAUCGGCUCUUCAAAGCCAGUCUCAGCCUCCUUAAAAUGCUCCAGUGGAGGAAGAGGCGAGAUAUGGAUUAGAUCGCCCACAAGUAUAGAAGAUGCUAGCUGCCUCAGAGCCCUUUAUUCCCUAAUAGGCUUCUGAAAAGAGUCUGUUCAUUGGCUAUAAGAUCAUACUUAUAGCUUACAUGCAGAUUUUUUUCUUGUAGUGCAGAAUGAGGUGACCCUGGUCUGAUUCAGUUUGUUUUGUUUCUUUGUUGCUUCAAAGCAAUAAGGAGUUAGAAUGAGAUAAUAUUUUUGAUCUGGGGGUUGCAAGGAGUGUCAUAUUUUUGGUGUUCCUUAUGUAACAUCUUUGAAUAAUACAUUUUUAAUAAGCUAUGAUACCUGAAUCAAAAAUGUCACCUUGCAUUUGCAGUCCAAAGUGGUGUGAUCCAAAAUAGAUCCUGUCGAUCUUGUAAAAUACGGCAUUUUCCAAUCUUGGCAACUUCUGGAUGAGUGGACUUUGAAGUUCUCAUCAAAGGAUAUCCUGGCUAAGGAAUUAUGAAAGUUGAACAUAGCUACUUUGGGAAAUAAUGAGCCAGCGCCCCAUUCGGUUAUAUAUAAUGCCUAACCUUUAAAAAUGCACUGGGAGUCUGGUCUUCUACCUAAAUGCAUUCCCUACUGAACAUGUUUUCCAAUUCUUGACUAUAUUAGAACUUCUCUGAAAUUAGUUCUGGGAAUGAAAGAUGUAGUUAAAACAAUUCUUAAGGCUAAAGAAAGAGAGCAAGUGCAUAUUUUAAACUGUUUUCUGUUCCUGAAAAAAAUCGACUAGAAGAACCAAUUAAUGUAAAAUAAGAAAGAACAAUAUAAAAGGACACAAAGAAAAAGAAGAUGAGGUAAUAUGGAAACAAAAAUGUCAUUUAAUGUAGACUAUUACUUUUCAGACUUUUAUAGGGAAAAAGUCAGCUUACAAUAGUUUUUUGUUUCUUUUUCAAAUACAACUUGCCAGUUCCCAAAUCCUUUUUAAUUGAGGCAGAAGUAGGAUCAGUUAGCUAAUUUGCAUUAUUGUCCAAAAGUAUGUACAUGAUACAGAAGACAUUCUUUUUUAUAUAUAGCAGAACCAAAAGUAUUUGCAUUACAUGGGCAUUGACAAGGUUUGAGGCCUGAGGAUUUCCUUAUGCAUCUUUAUCCAGAAGCAAGUCUUACUCAGUUUAGUGGACUUCCUUCCUAGUAAGUGUUCAUUGGAUUGCUUCCUCAGUUUUGCUCUUUUCACAUUCAAUAAUCUGUGAAAUAAAAAUUUACAUAUAGGAAA